UUUUUAUGCCUAUUAAUGAUUUUUAGAAGGAAGGAAAUGCUGACAUUUUGCUCCUUGAGGAAACUGAAGACCAGCUGCAACUCUAACAAUGAAGUCUUGGCUUCCCCUCCUUUGGACAACGUGCCCAAAGUCUACUCCCCAAAAAUCCAUCAACUGGUCAAUGAUAUCUCAAACCUGACGCUGCUGGAAGUGUCUGACCUAAACGAGCUGCUUAAGAAAACUCUCAACAUUCAGGAUUCUGGAAUGAUGCCAAUGGCAGCCAUGCCUGUUGCAGCCCAGUCUACAGUGCAGGCAACAGAAGAGGAGGCUGUCCCAGCAAAGAAAGAAAAAACAAGUUUCACAGUAAAGCUGACUGAAGUAAAAGCUGCUGAAAAAGUCAAGCUUAUUAAGGAAGUCAAGAACUUUAUUCCAGGUCUCAAUCUAGUGCAGGCCAAGAAACUUGUAGAAUCGCUGCCUCAAGAAAUCAAAGCCAACAUUUCCAAAGAUGAAGCAGAAAAAAUAAAGACUGCACUUGAGGCGGCUGGAGGUGUGAUUGUCUUGGAGUAGGUUUACCUGGCCAUUUCACUUGCCUACGUGGCUCUUCUAGAGACAUUUCUUGCGAAACUAGAGAGCGACGACGUAACACCGACACACCUGAAUUCAGACCCGCUGUGCUUGUUUAAUCUUGAGAUGGGUGAUCUUUGUCAGCCUGACAGAAUGGACAAUGGUCGAUGUGUUUGGCCACUGCCUUUUUAUGGUGUCCAUUCCAUCAGCUACUGAAGCCACUAGAAGAGGCGUUGGGUGUAUGUGGAGGUUUUCUAUCCAUGUAUUUAAAUUUUGAAAUACCGUUUACCUGUCCCUGUUAAUUUGAUUUUAUGAAAUCCCCUUCAGAGCAGAACAGUCAUGAGAUGUCUUUGUAGGGAUAUCGGUGACUGAAGGCAUAAAAGUCCCCCUUUGUCUUGAGAAAAUGCGCUUUGAUGAGAUACCACCGCCUAGAAGAGUUUCUGUUGGAAAGUAGGCAUUAGUUGUAUUUUCUGGAGUAUCGAAUGUCAUCUAAUAAAAAUGCAUCCUGUUUGUAAUAUGCAGCUUGGUCAGCAUUGCUGUUGUGUAAAUAAAUCUGAGCGAGAUGCACGUGUAUCAGGGCAGACAUCAUGUGGAUUACGUCUCUUAGGAUAAGACAGCUGGGUCUUGAUUUGGGUCACGUAAUAUGUAUGACAAAUGUAACUACAGCAAAUAAAUGCCAUCAGACUGUGAGUCAUACUUUU